AAAUGAAACUGCUACCCGAGCUAACGAAUUUACGGCCACAAUUUAAAGAAAUACCUACCAAACAGAAUGAGAUCCUAUCGAACCUGGGUCGGCCCCAUAUCGACUCGUUCAACUACAUGCUGGACGAGGGCAUUGAAGAUAUACUGUACCGGCUGGAACCGGUCUGCUUUGAGCUUGCGAACGAAAACCGUAUAAAGCUGCGAAUAACGGACAUCAGUAUCGCUACACCCACCGUACCAAUGAUGAUGGUCGAUGCGGCGGAGAAGCGUGUCUUUCCGAGCGAAUGCCGCCAGAAGUCGGAUACGUAUGCGGGCAUGUGCACGAUCACGCUCCAGUGGGAGCUGGACGGGAUGCCACAGCCACCGUUAACGCGCGAGAUGGGCCGCAUACCGAUAAUGCUAAAAUCGAGGGCCUGCAAUCUAGAUGGCCUGUCGCCGGAGGAGCUUGUUGCGCGGGGUGAGCAUGAGGAUGAAUGGGGUGGUCAUUUUAUUGUGCGCGGUAACGAGAAGCUAAUCCGUAUGUUGGUGAUGACGCGACGGAACUAUCCGAUCGCCGUUAAUCGUAAUACGUGGCGCGAUCGGGGAAAGGAUUUCAGUAUGACGGGCAUCUUCAUACGGUGCGUGCGUAACGAUCAACAUUCUACGAAAAAUGUGCUCCACUAUCUGACGAACGGUACGGCGAAGCUAAUGAUUAGCAUCGGAAAAUCGUUAUCGUUCAUACCGGUGCUGAUGAUACUGAAAGCGCUCGGCAAUCAUUCGGACAAUGAGAUUUAUCGGAAGCUGAUCGAUGGUUAUGAGGACGAUCAGUACUACAAAAGAUGCAUAAUGAACAUGCUGCGCGAUCUGCACGACGAGAGCAUGCACACGUCGCAAGACUGUCGCACGUGCAUAGGCACCUUGCUGCGCUACAUGACCACGUACCUCAACAUGCCCAAAUGGUACACGGACGAGCAGGCCGGCAGCUACAUCCUCGAACACUGUGUCCUCAUCCACCUAGACAGUGUGGAGGACAAAUUUAAUCUGCUCGUCCACAUGGUACACAAGCUGUUUGCGGUCGUGCAAGGUCGUAACGCACCCGAAACGCUCGAUAACGUAAUGAUGCAGGAGCUGAUGCUCGGUGGGCACAUUUAUCAGAACUUCUUGCGCGAAAUGUGUCUCUCCACGUUGGGUUACGUGCGGAUGAAUUUGGUAAAGCUAUGUCCGGAAACCAGCUCACCGACGGUAUCGUCGAACGAAGUCAUGAUGGCGCUUAAAAACGUGGCCGGUUUCCAGCAUGCGCUCACAAUGUUUCUUGCCACUGGGAAUCUGGCCAAAGCGACCGAGAUGGGUCUAAUGCAAAACAGCGGGCUGGUAAUUAUAGCGGAAAAUAUUAACCGUAUGCGUUACAUGUCCCACUUCCGGGCGGUACAUCGUGGUUCGUACUUUCUAACGAUGCGUACCACCGACACCCGUCAGCUGUUGCCGGAUGCGUGGGGUUUCAUCUGUCCGGUGCACACACCGGACGGUGAGCCAUGUGGAUUGCUGAAUCAUCUUACCUCCGACUGUACCGUGUCGGUAACGCAGGAUCCGGAAAAGGUGGCCAACAUACCGACGACACUGGUAUCGCUCGGUAUGCAACCGAUUGGAGUUGCGAAAGGGCUGCGAACCGUACCGAGUGCCGCGUGCUACGUGGUGAUGCUGGAGGGCAGAAUGUUGGGCAUGUUGCCGCGUACGAUCGCCAGUCAGGUGGUACAGAAACUUCGCCUGCUAAAGAUUGAUGGUGAAAUUAUUCCAAAUCAGACAGAAAUUGCGUUCAUUCCGGAGCGUGAGGGUGGUCAGUUUCCCGGGCUGUUUCUGUUUGUUGGUCCAGCGCGGAUGAUGCGUCCGGUGAAAAAUCUGCUCUGCAACAAGACGGAACUGAUCGGAUCGUUCGAGCAGGUGUAUAUGGAUAUUUGUGUAACGCCGGAGGAGGCGUACCCGGAUCUUACCACACAUCAGGAGCUGGCAAAAACAUCCUUUUUGAGCAAUUUGGCACAAUUAAUUCCGAUGCCAGAUUGUAAUCAAUCGCCGCGUAAUAUGUACCAAUGCCAGAUGGGCAAGCAAACGAUGGGAACACCGUGCCACAACUGGGACAAGCAGUGUAUUGCGAAGAUGUAUCGGUUGCAAACACCAGCCACCCCACUAUUCCGGCCCGUGCAUCACGAUAACAUCGAGCUGGACAAUUACGCCAUGGGUACGAACGCGAUUGUGGCCGUUAUUUCGUACACCGGGUACGACAUGGAGGAUGCAAUGAUUUUAAACAAGUCCGCCUUUGAGCGUGGCUUUGCGGCGGGAAAUAUCUACAAAUCGGAGUACGUGGAGCUGAACGGGGAAAAUUUUUUCGCUCGCGACCCGAAAGAUACUUCCCUGAAUCCAUACCUCGAUAACGAUGGACUUCCGUUUAAGGGAGCACAACUUUCAAAAAAUACACCACUUUACUGCUAUUUCGAUUACAACGAUCAUACGUAUCAUAUGGUGCGCUAUCACGGCACCGAAGAUGCGAUCGUCGACAAUGUGAAGCUAGGUGUUCCACUACAGGACAGUGGACGCGGUAUCGGACGGGGCAGUAUGAGCGUUGUAUCGAGACAACUGAUCAUUACCUACCGUGUGCCUCGAAAUCCAACCGUUGGCGAUAAGUUUGCUUCCCGCGCCGGGCAGAAAGGUAUCUGCUCGCAGCAGUGGCCAGCGAUCGAUCUUCCGUUUACCGAGUCGGGCAUGAUACCGGACAUUAUUUUCAAUCCGCACGGAUUCCCAUCGCGUAUGACGAUUGCGAUGAUGAUCGAAACGAUGGCCGGUAAAACGGCCUCCUGCCAUGGGCUGGUGCACGAUGCAACACCGUUCCGGUACGAUGAAGACAACACUGCGAUCGAUUACUUCGGCCGACUGUUGGAGCAGUCCGGGUACGAUUACUACGGCACGGAGCGGAUGUACAGCGGGGUGGAUGGGCGUGAGAUGAAGGUGGACAUUUUCUUUGGCGUGGUACACUAUCAGCGACUUCGCCACAUGGUAAGCGAUAAGUGGCAGGUACGCUCUACUGGACCGAUCGAUCAGCUAACGCACCAACCGAACAAGGGCCGCUCGAGGGGUGGCGGUGUGCGGUUUGGCGAGAUGGAACGGGAUGGGUUGAUUUCACACGGUGCAUCGUUUCUGCUGCAGGAUCGGAUGAUGCAUGGGUCGGAUAAGGUCGUGACGCUGGUUUGUCGGCGAUGCGGUACACUUAUCGGACCGAUGGAUAGCGUUACCAAGCGGUUAACGGUCAAUACGAACGAGUUGCAGCAUACACCGGCUACGUGUAGGCUGUGCGAGGAUGAUAAGGAGAUUGGACAUGUGGAGAUACCGUACAUUUUUAAGUUUCUCGUAUCGCAACUGUCGGCAAUGAACAUAAAUGUGAAGCUGCAGCUUUCGUAUCCGGAUGUUUAG